CAACUACCUUCAAAGAAAUUGCACAAUCAAUUAGUUUAAAUUAAACUAGUUUGCUGCUAAAUAUUCUACUGUUCAUUGAAUUAUCAAUUGUUAUCUCUUUAGAGCGUCUUCAAGACUGGAACUGCAAGAUAAUCUUCAGCGUUAAUCUUCAAAAGAGGAUACGUCUGGACAUGACCUAAUAAGUGACUUUGCACUUUAUUAUCGAAAAUUCGGAAUAUUUCGGAAAUAAAGUCGGAUUCGGAUCUUAAAUCUGUUGUAUAUAUAAUGAUACAAUAGGUGUUAACAUUUGUGCAAACAAAUCACUGAAAGUGAAAGCGACGACUAUUACUUGUGAGCAAAAGUAUAAACACUAGUCAUUAAAAAAGUUUGAAAAAGAGUGGACAUGGCGAAAUACGUUCAAUACACACCGGAAGUGUUUGCUACUCAGGACGGAGGUGUUCAUGUAUGGUAUUUCCCCUCAUCAUUUUCGCAAUCUCAAUUAGGAGACAGAGUAAUCGGAUCAAAUGCAUGCACUCUAAUCGCGGUCCUUGUGGCUGGAAGAUUGGAUGAAUUUAACAUACCAAUCUGGGGCUAUUAUGAUCAGCCUAUCUCGCGAAUGCUCGUCACCUCGAUUGCAGAAGCUAUCGUAGAAGGGAAUGAAAUUCAUGAAUCGUUAAUGCUUCGUGGAGAAUUAUACGACAUGGAUUUGACCGUUCCUGAAGCUCUCAAUGCAGUUCGUUUCAAGUAUCCCAGACUCACAGAGUGGUUGGAUAAAACGACGUUGGUGAUGGAACCUAUGGAAGAGUCGUUAGCUGAGAAUAUGCAACGUUGCAUAACCGAAUUUGAGUUGACUCCUCCUCCUCUGAAGAAGGACAACAGUGAUCUCUAUAUCAUUCUAGUGGCGGGUGGACGUUCUGUCUUGUUUUGUUAUCAGUCACGAACAUCAAAGGUUACCCUCGUGGAUUCGCAUGCACACGUACAGCUUGAUGCUGGCAUUGUGGUAUCCCAAUCAAGAAUAAGUGAGUUGGACCAACUUUGUCAGUGGUAUACUGCGAUGUGCACGCAAUGUUUUACGAAUUGGAUCGGGAACAAUUCGCCGUAUGAGCUGGCAUUCUUGUACCAGAGGACAUGACUAGAUAACAUUAUAUCACAUUUAAUCGUUUCAAUCCUGGUGUAUUUGAGUCAUAACACUUACCUUUUAACUGCUAUAAAGCUUUAAUUGACGUAACCAAGAAUCUUACUAGUUAUAAUAUAUGUUAAAAAAGGUCAUAUUGACAUAGAAUUUAGUACCAACAUAAAUCGCUUUGUAAUAGUUGCACCCUCGCAUAUGCCCACAGCUCGUUAUUACAUCAAUUAUAUGUAAGCACUUAAGCAUUUUGAUUUUAUAAUUUCAACAUAUAACCAUUCUGUGAUGUUUGUUUCAAAUCCUAGUUUAUAUGCAUAUUUACCCUAAUAAAGUAAUGAUGAACUGUUACAUCGGAAAAUCAAA